AUGGCCCCAUCUGGAACAGUUGGCGAGUUUCUUGGCGUUCCAGAGGACCCUCCAGACGCGCCCUCAUUGGCCGCGCUCAAUGAUCAGACGACGCAGAACGGUACUUUCGGACGGGCCAUCAAGGACUACUUUGUAGACCUUUCGCAUCGGGCCGGGGAAGUAGCCCAACAACAGUCACUGGUUGAAUUGGCCAACAGCGUGGUAAAGACAUCGCGCGAGCCGUUCUGUGACCUCAGUGCUCAGCAGCCUGGCAGCCUCAGAGACGUCAAGGUCCACGAUGGAAUACCCUACCUGGGAACUGUGGCUCUUAUGACGGAGAGACAUGCUGUCGACAACCAGGGAGAUGUACCCCCUUCCUCGUCACAGCUGGGAACAUCAAAGCCCGACCUUUGGAUGUCUCUGACAUUGGAAGUACAAGACAACAUCUACAUGCUUCCAAGUCUAUUUGGCGAGCUCAAGGUCUUUACUGGUCUUUGGCAAGAUAAAACAGCCGUCCAAAAGUCCCGGCAAAGCUGGUACCAGGCCAUCCUUUACUCGUUUGCCGCUUUUGAGCAAUGCGGGACAUGGAUGGGGUUGGCCAUGGUCAACGAAUGCUUCAGUCGCCUCUGCGUUCUGGACGACAAGCCGCUGUUUGAAGUGCGCCGAAAAACGCCCAGCGACACUACCCAAGGAUUCUCCGAACAGCAGCAGCUACAACAGCAGACGAUCGAGCACAUCAAGCAUGACGCCAAGGUCUUCACGGUGGCAAUCGAGCUUUCCGAUGAGGCUCGCGCCAUGGUCGGCCAACAGAUGUCCAUCCAAGAGUUCCUUGCGCAUGAAACACUCCCUCGAGCUUUUCGUCAUCGACUUUGUGAACUGGACCCGGACGGUAAACCCAAAUACCACAGGCAGGACCGAAUGUAUACAAUCGACUGGGCGGGUGCCACUGCCUUUUAUAAUACCAUUGUGAAGGCAGUGCAGCUCCUUGCCCGGCUGCCAAUGGAUGUCGCUCCCACUCGCCUGUCCCCCCCAUCCGAGACCUUCAAGGCAUUCCGAGACACUAUCACCGGCAAUGGUAACCCCUUCAACAUUACUCGAGCAGACGUGGAGGUCAUUGUCGGUUGGAAACGCGAAGGCAAGAAGCGCAAAGGACGAGCCGACGCCGUUGGUGCGUCCCGAGACCCUCGUCCACCACCUGGUGGAAGCCGCGGUAAGGAUCCCGAUGCUGCCGACCGCAAAGGCCCCGAGGACCCCACGCAGGACCCCAAGAGUGGCGACAAGGGCAGCCGCAAGUCUGGAAAGAGCAGCAGCAGCAAGCGCAGCCACGAAUCCAGCAAGGGUGGCAGCAAGAGCAAGUCGGCCUGUCAGCGGGCUCCUGACGAAGGCUCGGCCAGCCUGCCUGAGCCGUUCAAAACGCUCAAGAGCAGCCUGGAUGCGCUCUUCGCGCCAAGCCUGGGACCGAGUGGGCGCCUGCAUGAGUACGUCUCGAUCAUGGUCCGGAAGCUGUCCCGUCACCCGAACCUGGACGACCCCAACACCGCCAAGUCCGUCAGUGACCCCACCACCGCAAAGUCUGUCUUUUACCCCACCACCGCAAAGUCUGUCUUUGACAGGUUGGAGGAGUGUACCAAUGAUGACUUGUCAUGGACAGGCGACGACAUGCACAGCAGCUGCGGAUCCUCCAGCGAAGGUGAUGACGCCGAUACGAGCCUCGAGUCGGCCUUGGACGCCGGCACGGCUGCGUAUAUCUCCGAUUGGCGUUUGGCCGUCGACACACCCACACACGAAGAUCCAACACUCACGGCUUGUUGCCCCGAAACCAAACCGUCCGUCACCAUUCGCAUCGUACCCGUCUCGGCGGCUACAAUGGACAAGCUCCUCGAGCUUCGCAUGCAAGCCUAG